AUCGUUAUUCUUAGUGGCUCUGCCACUCUCUACUCUGUACUGAGCAUGAGUUUGUGUUUGCUUAUAAAUAACACCUACUACUUACUCCUGAUGUUAUAACGAAAAAGAGCAAUGUUUACUGCAUCUGCAAUCAUGAACAUGAAAAGCCAUAUGUUUUUAACUUACCCUUUGCUUUGCUUCUUGUUUCUCAGUUCCUUUGUGUAUGGCCAGCUUGAUUACAAAUACUACGAUACCACUUGUCCCAACCUCACAAAAAUCGUUAGAAAUGGUGUCUGGUCUGCUAUUUCUAAUGACACCAGAAUGCCUGCUUCUCUUUUGCGCCUGCACUUCCAUGAUUGUUUUGUCAAUGGAUGCGACGGGUCAAUUCUGCUUGAUGAUACGAGUACAUUCACAGGAGAGAAGAAUGCAUUUCCUAAUCGAAAUUCAGCCAGAGGAUAUGAAGUCAUUGAUGCAAUAAAAGCUAAUGUGGAGAAAGCUUGUCCAUCUACAGUUUCAUGUACUGAUAUAUUGACUCUAGCAGCUAGAGAAGCUAUUUAUCUUACUAGAGGACCCUUUUGGUCAGUGUGCUUGGGACGUCGAGAUAGUCUUACUGCAAGUCAGAAUGCAGCUAAUGAUCAACUUCCAUCACCUUUCGAGCCCUUAGUAAACAUUACUGCGAAAUUUGUUUCUAAGGGUCUUGAUGUAAAAGAUGUUGUGGUGCUUUCAGGUGCCCACACCAUUGGAUUUGCUCAAUGUUUCACGUUCAAGCGAAGGCUAUUUGACUUUAAUGGAUCAGGCAAUCCUGAUCCUACACUAGAUUCAUCAUUGCUAGGCAGUCUACGAAGCGUAUGCCCUAACCAGAGCGAUUCAGAUUCCAACUUGGCUCCUCUGGAUGCAGUCACAAUUAACAGGUUUGACAAUGUAUAUUUCAAGAACCUAAUGAACAAUUCAGGGCUUCUUGAGUCAGAUCAAGCACUCAUAAAUGACAAUACGACUGCUGCACUGGUGUCAAACUACAGCAGGAAUCCGUCUCUUUUCUCCAAGGAGUUCGCCGCAUCAAUGGUAAAGCUGAUCAAUAUAGGUGUGCUAACAGGACAAAAUGGAGAAAUCAGAAAGAACUGUAGGGUGGUGAAUUAGAAAGUUCCAAAAUAUUGUGAGAUAAUUAGCU